AUGUUUUCAAAUAAAAUCGUGUUCUUUUUCACAAAAAUUCACUUUCUGAUAGAAAAACUAUCUAUCUAUCUAUCUAUCUAUCUAUCUAUCUAUCUAUCUAUCUAUCUAUCUGAUUCGGACGUUGAUCUCCUCUCGUCUAUCUCGUCUGUCUGUCUAUCUAUCUAUCUAUCUAUCUAUCUAUCUAUCUAUCUAUCUAUGCAUUUUUUAUUCAGAUCUUUUUUAAUAUUUCUAUUUAUGCACUUUUAUUUAAGUCUAUCUAUCUAUCUAUCUAUCUAUCUAUCUAUCUAUCUCCAACACGCGCAUAUAUAUAUAUAUAUAUUUGUGUGCGCAUUGUUGCCUGCUCUAUUUUCUAUUUCUUUCUUUCUUUCAUUUUUCCUUCUUCUUUCUUUCUUUUUUUCUUUCUUUCAUUUUUCUUUCUUUAUUUCAUUCAUUCUUUCUUUCUUUCUUUCUUGCUUUCUUUCUUUCUUAUUUCUUUCUUUCUUGCUUUCAUUUUUCUUUCUUUCUUUCUUUCUUUCUUUCUUUCUUUCUUUCUUUCUUUCUUUCUUUCCCUAA